AUGGUGGUCGACAUGGAGUUACAGGAAGCCAAGGAUUAUGUUCUUCAGCUUAUGAAAGAUAAAGAUAAAAUUGAAUCAGAUUUGGAGGAUUUAAAAGAAAUCUUAGAUGCUAAUCAUGUUAGCAUGGAUGAUACGUUGGUGGACUCUGAAGGAUAUCCACGAAAUGACAUUGAUGUUUACCAAGUCAGACAUGCGAGACAUAGGAUAAUAUGUCUCAGAAAUGAUCAUAGGGCAUUAAUGGAGAAAAUAGAAGAGGGUUUGCACAGAGUACAUGCUCUAGCAGGAAAUCAAGUGGAAAAUUCUAGUGCAACAAAUAGCACUCAAGAUAGUGUGCAGUUGGAACCAUUCCUAAGAGUAAAUUUAGUAUCUCCAGAUUCUCCAGCUGAAAUAACAGGAAUCCAAGUUGAUGAUCUUAUAUUGGAAUUUGGUUCUAUUGAUUGUCGAAAUUUCAAAUCUUUAAAAGAUAUUGGAACCUUGGUACAAAAUAGCAGAUAUAAGCCAAUUAAUGUAAAAAUUAAACGUGGAUCUAAUAUCAUAGCCUUGACUUUAAUACCACGUCCUUGGGUUGGUAAUGGUCUUCUGGGUUGCAAUGUAAUACCUAUAGAGACAGUGGAAAGAUAA